CCUGGCUCCCGCGGUGUCUGGCAGAGGCUCUCUGGCUGAGCGCAGAGCUAUGUGUGAAAGGAAACCAGGCACCGCCUGCCGGCUUCACAUCUGUUGAUCUGACCUGACUUGCAGCAUCCAAAGGAGCACGGCUGUCACCUCUGCUGGACUGAGGACCCACCAGCUCCCCCCAGACAUCGCAUAGCAACCUGACCAUUCGUGCAAGGGGGGAAACGAAAUACACGGGACUAAACCCCUGAGCAGAAUGGAAUAAUGAUUUUUUUCCCAAGGAGAAAAAGGGGGGCAAACAAUUCCAUUUGAAGUCCCUGUGAGUGGGCUUUCAGAAGGCAAUUAAAGAAAUCCACUCAGAGAGGACUGGGUGGGGCUUGGGUCCUGUGACUUUCUGACUAUAAGCGAAGCCAGUCUUACACCCGCUGUUGGCAAAGGUCAGAUGGGAAAAAAAGGAGCAGGUUAAGUGACGAUCAAAGAACUUCCAGGUGGAACCAGGAACCCAGGUUCUGCUGCCAGCUUGAAGGAACCUGCAGCAGGAAGAGAAAGUGAACUUGAACAUGACCUGUUGCAUUUGGCAAGUUCCAGCAACAUGCUCCUAAGGAAGCGAUGCAGGCAUGGACCAUGCAGACUGCAGUUCCUGCUGCUCCUCCUGAUGCUGGGGUGCGUGCUGCUGCUGGUGGCCAUGCUGCAUCCUCCCCCGCAUGCCCUGCACCAGGCUGUCACAGCCCAGGUCGCCGAGCACAGCCCUGAAGCUGGGUACCGCCUGAACUUUGGGGAAUCCCAGGAAUGGGUGCUGGAGGCCGAGGAUGACGGCCAAGAGUAUGACUCCCUGGAGGGCCUGUUGCCCUUUAUCUCGCUGCAGGAGGAUCAGCUCCUGGUGGCCGUGGCCUCACCCAGGGUCAGGAGGAACCAGAGCCAGGACAGGAGAGGUGGCAGCUACCGGCUCAUCAAGCAGCCAAGCAGGAGGCAGGACAAAGAGGCCCCAGAGAGGGACUGGGGGGCCGAGGAGGAGGACCAGGAGGUAUCUGAAGAUGAGCUGACGCCUCUCAGCCUGGAGGAGGCGCUCAGCGCCCGCAUCCCCCUGCAGAGGGCGCUGCCGGAGGUACGGCAUCCGCUGUGUCUGCAGCAGCAUCCUGGGGACAGCCUGCCCACAGCCAGCGUCAUCCUCUGCUUCCAUGAUGAGGCCUGGUCCACGCUCCUGAGAACCGUGCACAGCAUUCUCGACACAGCCCCCAGGGCCUUCCUGAAGGAGGUCAUCCUGGUGGACGACUUCAGCCAGCAAGGACAACUCAAGUCCGCUCUCAGCGAAUACGUGGCCAGGCUGGAGGGGGUGAAGCUGCUGAGGAGCAAGAAGAGGCUGGGCGCCAUCAGGGCCCGGAUGCUGGGAGCCACCAGGGCCACCGGGGACGUGCUGGUCUUCAUGGAUUCCCACUGCGAGUGCCACCCGGGCUGGCUGGAGCCCCUCCUCAGCAGAAUAGCUGGUGACAGGAGCCGGGUGGUGUCUCCGGUCAUAGACGUGAUUGACUGGAAGACUUUCCAGUAUUACCCCUCCAAGGACCUGCAGCGCGGGGUGUUGGACUGGAAGCUGGAUUUCCGCUGGGAGCCUUUGCCGGAGCGUGAAAGGAAGGCCCUCCAGUCCCCCGUCAGCCCCAUCAGGAGCCCUGUGCUGCCUGGCGGGGUUGUUGCCAUGGACAGACAUUACUUCCAAAACACUGGAGCGUAUGACCCUCUCAUGUCACUGCGGGGUGGUGAAAACCUCGAACUGUCUCUCAAGGCUUGGCUCUGCGGUGGCUCCGUUGAAAUCCUCCCCUGCUCUCGGGUGGGGCACAUCUACCGAAAUCAGGAUGCCUAUGCCCCCCUUGACCUGGAGGCGACCCUGCGGAACAAGGUUCGCAUUGCUGAGACCUGGCUAGGUUCAUUCAAAGAAACCUUCUACAGGCACAGCCCAGAGGCCUUCUCCUUGAGCAAGGCUGAGAGGCCCGACUGCACAGAACGCUUGCAGCUGCAAAGGAGUCUGGGUUGUCGCAUGUUCCACUGGUUUCUGGCCAACAUCUAUCCCGAGCUGUACCCAUCUGAAUGCAGGCCCAGGUUCUCUGGAAAGCUCCACAACACUGGACUGGGCUUCUGUGCAGACUGCCAAGCAGAAGGGGACAUCCUGGGCUGUGCCAUGAUGCUGGCUCCUUGCAGUGACAGCCGGCAGCAACAGGACCUGAAGCACACUGGCAGGAAGGAGAUACGCUUCGGCAGCCCACGGUACCUGUGCUUCGAUGUCAGGAGAGAGCAGGUGAUUCUUCAGAACUGCACGGGGGAAAGCCCUGCCAUCCAUCAGCAGCACUGGGACUUCCAGGAGAAUGGAAUGAUUGUCCACAUUCUUUCUGGGAAAUGCAUGGAAGCUGUGGUGCAGGGAAACAAUAAAGAUUUGUACUUGCGCCAGUGUGAUGGAAAAGCUAGCCAGCUGUGGCAAUUUGACAAAGUCAACACUGUGGACGAACGGUGAAGGACAGUGUCAGAAGGAAAAGAGAAGUUUGGCCAUCAGACUUCAACCCCAAGGGAACUAAAAGAACAUGUGUAUUUCGUGGAGCCGACCCUUUUGUGUUUGUGCUCCUGGUGAUAGUAGAGAAGAAGGCUCCGUGGAUGAAUAUAAAAAUGUCUCUCCUUCUCACAUCUUAAUUCAUUGGCUGCUGGCUGUUUUAGAAAAAGGAAAAAAAAAAUGGGCUCAUUGUCUCAUUCUCUUCAUCACUAGUAGAUGAUCAUUACAUAGCACAGAAGAUUCUUCAUUUCUUUCCGCUGAGCACUUAAUAAUUGCUUUUAUCUCUGACUAAGGAAAGGGGCCUGGACAUUCUCUGGCAGCACCUCCGGGAUAUGUAAAUCCAGUCUACCGAUUUAUUUCCAAUGACCUUACCUUGGAUUGUCUGUGCAGCCAACCAUGAAAAUUAAAGUGCAAAGAGGAUAAAAAGGCCUGACAUCCCAAAAACUUUGGAUUAAGCUUAUUAGGAAAAAUUUCACGUUCAUUGGUUGAGCCACAGCUCGGAAGAAGAAAGGGAAGCGUCCGAGAGAAGAGUAGGGUUGGAGGGAAGAUGGAAGAGAGCAUUAGCCCAAUUCUCCAGCUCUCUAGCGUCUGGAAAGAGGCAGCAGACCUGGCAUAGGAUGUUUUCAUAUUAAUGAGAAUUUCCUCAGAACUUUCUACCUCCAUUCACUCUGCUCUAGCCCUUCUCUAGCGUGGUGAACCACAACCAGAUUCUCAUGCAAUGUAUUUCUCUUUAGUCAUUGGUGUUGGAAGCAUCACUCAGACUGAGCGUUCACACUAACAAAAAUGUAUACAGCUCAGAAACUCUCCUGAUGCCCUCUUACAGGGUUUGCAUCAACUGGAUCAGAAAUAGCAACCUUCACAAAGAGGCAAAACUCCCUGGAAGGGAAAUGCUGGUGUCUGAGCCAAAAUUCUUAUGAGAAGAACCAGGGUUAGGUGUUAAUGUCCAUGAGGGUUCACAGGGCCAUCUCUGAGCUUGCAGCCUGUCUGAGACACCCAAAUGUGCCCACAGGUUGAGCGUUCACAACCAUGGAAGAACACACCUCCACUAGAACAGAGCCAACACUAACAAGAGUGGAACGACUCUCCUUGCUGUGACCUGGCCUACCUGGUUCGACCAUAAGAGUUGCUGAGUGGGGUUGGUUCUGCUAUUAAGAAGACACCAUUCAUGCCCAUUUCUCUUUCAAAUAGAAUUCAUUCUCCACGUGGUCAACUUAGAAACCUCCUCUCAAAGAUGCUGAUCUCCUUUGGGCUAUCUCAGAACACAGUGUGUUUCAAAUGAGAAAAACUAAGUAGGAAGUGAGGGUUUCCAGACAAUACCUAUCAUAAUUACAUAUUCCUUCUCCACCUUUUCGUCAAUGACCCACUGCAUUUCUCCUUCCUCAGACUACCCUCUAGACCUGUGUUAGUAGCCACUAGCCACAUAUGGCUAAAUGUAAAUUCAUUAAAAUUAAAGAAAAUUUAAAACUCAGUUCCUCAGUUGUACUGGUCACAUUUCAAGCACUCAAUAGCCACAUGUGUCUAGUGGCUACUGUAUUGGAGAGCACAGACAUAGAACAUUCCAUCAUUGCAAAUGAUUCUAUUAGAUAGUGCUGAUCUAGAUAGAUUCAUCAUCCCAUGGAGAGAAGAGAUUUUAGCCACUGUCUUCUUCCAUCAGACUUGUCUAUAUUUGAAACAAAUUCCCCUAACAUCCUGUGGCUGAGAUGGAGCUAAAAAUUCUCAGAUGGAAACCUUGUAAAAGGCAUUAAUGGUUGAGAAGGGAAAAUUAAACAAGACCUCUAUUUUUUUUUAAUGAACUUUAUUAUUGGUAUUAUGGGUGUUUAAAGUUGCUGCAAUAAAUUAAUAUAAUUAAAUAAAAGGCUGAAUUCAAUUGUA